AUGGCGAUUAGUUCCCCUGAAACUGAAAACCCCACUCCUGAGAACGCCAGACUGCCUAGUCGAAUUCAGCAAGGAGCAGAUAGAACUGAAAAGUCUACGCCAGAUGACUUGUCAGCAACGCCCAUUUCUAGUUACUACAAGCUCCUGGUUGAUCCACUCUUCAUGAUCGACAUCGUGUCUAUAAUGUUAAGUUGGAUAAUCAUGGGGUUCAAUGAACCAACCAUGGAGCCGCAUCUUGCAGAGUUCAAUAUCAAUAGCGCACAAAUCGGCGUCAUCUUCAUGGUUCAAUACGCCAGCUAUACCGUAGGCUCUGUAUGUUCGGCAGUCUUCUGCAGUCUCAAGAUGGAAGCGGGAUUCGGACUUACAGGACACCUUCUAGCCAUUCUGGCUUACAUACUGCUUGGACCAGCACCCUUCAUUCCCUACGAACCGACUUUGUGGAUGGCUUACAUUGCACAGGUUUUCAUCGGAAUAGGUACAGCUGCGCAAUUCGCCUGUCAUUACUGCCACGCAAUUAAAGUCGCUAUAGAUCGCGGAUAUCCAGACACAGCGCGAACAGUCGGUUUCGUGUCCGGCGUUGUUUUCUCCUUCAUUGUAACAGGUGCCAUAGUGACGUCCCCAAUUGCCGGGUAUUUGGUGGAGACAUUCGGAUUCAGAAAAGGUUCAAUGGCAUUACUGGGAGUACUCGUGCUUUGGGUAAGCAGCUAA